CGCUGAGGGGAGAACAUCGUCGCUUCUCUCCACACCUCCUCCCGCCCGCGUCCCGAAAUCCUCUCUGGUGAAGCAAAAGUUUUCUAAGGUGUUUAUAAAUCGAAUUUCUCAAAGACUUGUUAGAUUGUACAAAUUGACUACGAGCUAAAACAGUUAUUUAAAGACAUUUCAAGUCUGGCAAUGUUAAGAAAUCAAGAAGUAAUUCUUCAUUAACCUUACGGUCUUCAAAGUUCUAGUGAUUGUUCUUAAGAAUGUUUACGCCAAAAAAAAUAAAGAACCCAUCGAUAGUGGAGCCUUGAUAUAGCUCUUAGGGGAUGAUGUACCUUCACUCUUGAGCCUCCAUACAGUGCAAAUAAGAAUUACUGAAUCAAAAUAUACUUGACGCCACGUCAAGAAUCGAAAAGAAUCGAAACUUUGAUGCCAGCAAGAACAUGGAAUGUUAUAAUAUGAAUCCUGUGAUGACACUGUGCCGAGUCUUCAUUCAUUGAUGACCCUUCACCUUAAAUCAACGCUAAACCACUUAGGGUUCUGGAGCAGGUGGGGUCAAAAGGAAGCCCCGAAGUAACUCCCGAAGCUCCGAAGUCAAUUCUAAAGCUACGAAGUCACUCCUAGAACUACGAAGUCACUCCUAAAGCUACGAACUCAAUCCUAAAGCUACGAACUCAAUCCUAAAGCUACGAAGUCACUGCUAAAGCUACGAAGUCACUACUAAAACCCUGAAGUGGCCAUGAGCUCAAUCUUGAGCACCACUUGCCUAAGAGCUCAAGCACCCACUGACGAAGAGCUCAACCAUCCACUAACAAGGUAAUUCUCCUAAGGACAAGCCAAAGGACGCGCGCAUACACUUCGCUGGGCUCCCAUAUGGGCGUUAAAGACGUGUGUUUGUGAGGGAAUUCGAUGAUAUAAGAAAAGUGACUUGCCGAGGAAGACAAUGCUAUACUCGCCGCUUGAUGAGAACGAUGAGAAAACUCAUCAAUCUUGAGACAGACGAAAUAUCAUGAGAAAUUAAGAGUUUAAGUGCUGAGAAAAAAAGAGUGGAAAUUAUUUGAACCGUAUGAUUACUUGUUUCAUAAUUUUUCCUCUGGGGUAAAGUCAAGGAUACAUAUAUAUGUGUACAGAUACAUAUGUAUGUAUACACACACAAAGAUAGCCAAUCACAAUCGCUUUAAGAGGAUGACGACGCUUUCGAAGUAGUGUAGUUAACGACGUGACGAUUGAGAGUAUGGACAGAGAUGCGAUUUGCGAAGGAGCUUGUAGCUUCGAACUCAAGUUUCCAGCGAUGUGACCGCUUGCGGCGUCCUUGAAGGAGAGACACUGUGGCCUCCCCCGUUGUUGAGAGCAGUGACAAUGCGACGUCUCCCGAGCGGAAGUCUCUCCCGUGGCACUGAUUACAGUGACGUUUGCGGCAUCGCAGACAGUGCCGAGACCCCCGGCACUGGCAGUGAAGUACAGGAUCACCGCUGGGAUAUCAACCAUAACGGUGAUCCCUGUGGCGUAUGCGUUAUCGAGCGUAGCGUUGAUGGCGCUGAAGACGCUGAUUUUGAUGUCUCUGCCUGUUGUGGCGGCAUGGAUGUUGUCCUCGCCUUAACGAAGGGCUCCAAGACCCACACAAUUCCUAGUUUUCAGGACACCUCUCCACCACACAGGUGCAAAGCUCGCGCCACCAGCAGCAGCAGCACCUUCCAUACCUCCAACGGUACCUCCCAUGCCUCGAACAGUACCUCCCAUGCCUCCUGCAGCACCAGUAGCAUCUCCCACGCCCACUACGUCACCACCACCCACACCCCCAACCAUAGCUGGGAUGCCACGGGCGGCUACCCCAUCAACCAUGCCUAUGGGACCAAGAGGCGAAGUACCAACUGCAUUCGGGUCCUCCUGACCUUACUUGCUGCGCUUCCCAGCUUAGCUAAAGGUCCCCACGGCAACUCCCCCAACAGUCUGAUUGGUCAAGGCAGCAAUGCGCUGGGCAAGAACGGAAUAUUUCUACAGUCCAACUACACAGAGAUUACUGCGCAGUCCGGCGCCACCGCUGCGCUACCCUGCCGCCUGUCCUCGCCUCUGGGGGAUGGCAUGGUGUCGUGGGUGCGACGGAGGGACUACCACCUGCUGACGGUGGGGCGACAGAUCUACUCGUCGGACGCCAGGGUCGGCGUCAAGGUGUCCCCUGACGGCUGCGACUGGAUGUUGACGGUACGGUGGGUGGCGCCCCACGACGCUGGCCAGUAUGAGUGCCAGGUCUCCUCGCAUCCGCCCCAGUCCCUGUUUGUCGUGCUUCACGUCGUGGAGGCCCACGCAGAGAUCGUGGGCGGGCCGGAGCGGUACAUCCACCACGGGUCGUCGCUGAAGCUGGUGUGCUUGCUGAAGAGCGCCACUGAGCCCCCUGUCUACGUCUUCUGGUACCGGGGAGACAGGAUGAUCAACUAUGACAAAGAGCAAGGUGUGAACGUGGACAACUCCCGGAAGUCAUCCAAGCUGUACGUGUCAUCAGUAUCCAGGAGAGACGAGGGUAACUACACCUGUUUACCUUCCAACGCUGCCCCGGCCUCUGUCGUAGUCACCGUCAUCCAAAAGGAAAAUCCCGCCGGACUACAGCAGGAGACGAACACGGAAAAGGAGGCAUCUUCGGCGUCAUCGUCUUCGUCGUCGUCGUCGUCCUCAUCCUCGUCAGCCGCGUCAUCCUCGUCAGUGUCGGCGUCAAACAGCAGCAGCAGCGGGGCGGGAGGAAGCCCUGCACCUCUGCCGCCGCCAUGUUUCCUUCUGCUGCUGCCUUUGUCGCUCCCUUCCCUACUGCCCCUUAUCCUUAACACCACCACCCGCCACCUCUUUAGAUGAUGAGACAAUAACCCGGCAGGAACAGGCUGAUAGAUCACCAGUUGGAUAGCUCAGUGCUGCUCUCUUACAUAUCUUCUGGGUAAGAGAGGGAGGAAGGGCCCGUUGUCAGGUCGCUGCAAGACUAACAAUAACGGCUGGACGCCUCUCGCUCAACUAACGAACGCUCGUAAUAUCUCGUUCCCUUUAAGAGGUAUAAAAGUGAAAAAUCACUGAAAAAGACACUACUGUGUUUAUCAAUGCACUGAUAUAUUGUACAUUCUAAUAGAGCCAAAAAAAAACAAAAAACGAGAGUUCUAUACUUUAUAUCCAUAGUUAAUGUAUAAACAAAUGUAUUUUCUUGUGUACAGAUGUGAUGGUGCGUUACAAUAUCUAGUUUUUUCACGUUACUGGUGACAAUCCCUGACUAUGUAAGCCUGGCAAGUUCUCAGAUGCACGUCACAUUUCCUACUGAAACUGGAGAUGCCGUCUUGUCUGAACAAGAAAUAACGUCAAAGUUCCCCCUCACUUCUCUCUUGGAGUGUCAUAACCAGAUACGUUUUCUAUUGCAGUUCAGAGAGAACGACUUGGCGUUCCUGAUCCCGGGUUCUGUUAUAUUACUGUGUGUUCCUAUCAGUGUACAUAUAUAUACAUAAAUAUAUAUAUAUAUACAUACAUGUAUAUCAUAAUUAUCCAUCAGCUGUGUCAUAGACGGUUCUAUGUAUACCUCUUCCUGUCAAAAUGAUUGUUUUGUAUAUAAGCGAGUGCCCCUUCCCAGUUAUUUGUGGUGUCUAGGCAAUGUUUUCAUGUUGAGGUGAAAGAGGAUGAGUGUUUAGUAUAUAUUGACGAUCACGCAAGUGCUCACUGGGUUACGGGCUCACCAUAGCCCGUGCUACAUGGACACCACUUCGUUCUGAGUAGCUAAAUCUGAAACGACAAGUGCUCAUUCCAUAUCUCAUUCCACCACCAAUAGGCUGCUGGUGCGCCAAAUACCACCAAUCCAAAAAUACAAAAAAUUGAAUUACCUAAAUCAAAUACAAAUUUUCUGGUUUGCCAUCAAUUUCCAAACUUGUGAAUAAUUUGUGGAAUAGAAUAUAUCUAUUCCAGAAAUGUCAUCCACAUUUAACCUCAUAAUGAUUUGAUUUUGGAGUUACUUGAAUGUCCUGAUUUAUAUAAUUAUCUGGUUCAUAAUUUAACUUUCAAUUGAGUGAUUUAAUUGAUGCAUUGUAAAUUAUCAGACUUGAAGUCAAAUCACCAUAUUGAUGCAUAGACAAGCAGAUUCACCCGGCAAUUACCUGAUUGACCCCUAUUGACCUCUUCAGUGCGUAAUGAAUGAUACUGUUCCGUUAAUUACUAGCUGUACAACAUUUUAUUCAUUAUUCAGAGUAAAUUAUCACUCUCAACAAAUCUUGAUAUGACAGAAUUAGUUAACUUCAUUAUUAUUAAACAUGUGACCAAUUAAUUGGUAAAUUUUAUUGAAAGAGCUAAUACACACACUUGUAAUUAUUCCUUAAUUGCUCACGUGUAAAUAUUUGUCCCAACUCUCACAUAUUUACCUCUAUGUACAUGUUGCAGCUGCAUGUGGCUGUGUGUACAUGCUGCAGCUGUAUGUGGCUGUGUGUACAUGUUGCAGCUGUAUGUGGCUGUGUGUACAUGUUGCAGCUGUAUGUGGCUGUGUGUACAUGUUGCAGCUGUAUGUGGCUGUGUGCACAUGUUGCAGCUGUAUGUGGCUGUGUGUACAUGUUGCAGCUGCAUGUGGCUGUGUGUACAUGUUGCAGCUGCAUGUGCAUCUGUGUGUACAUGUUGCAGCUGCAUGUGGCUGUGUGUACAUGUUGCAGCUGCAUGUGGCUGUGUGUACAGGUUGCAGCUGCAUGUGCAUCUGUGUGUACAUGUUGCAGCUGCAUGUGGCUGUGUGUACAUGUUGCAGCUGCAUGUGGCUGUGUGUACAUGUUGCAGCUGCAUGUGGCUGUGUGUACAGGUUGCAGCUGCAUGUGCAUCUGUGUGUACAUGUUGCAGCUGCAUGUGGCUGUGUGUACAUGUUGCAGCUGCAUGUGGCUGUGUGUACAGGUUGCAGCUGCAUGUACAUCUGUGUACAGGUUGCAGCUGCAUGUGCAUCUGUGUACCUGCUGCAGCUGCAUAUAUUGAGUGCUCGUUUUCCCUAUAUCAACAUUACAAGACCUGCUCUUUUCACAUCACUGCAGGUGUUUUAAAUAAGGUAACUGAUGGGAGGGUGUUUUAAUCCACUUGUAUUACCAAGGUGACCAACUAUUACCAACAUACAACUAUUUGGAUGAAUAACAAGACCUGAAGCUGUUCAGAGAACCUGUUAGUACGGGACUAAUGACUGCCUUUCAUGUUAACAAAAAUAAAAUCAAUAAUUGUACAUAUGAGGCAAGUACUUUUGAGUAUAAUUACGCUGGUGUAUGAAGACUUGAGUAUGCCUGUGUGUGUGUAUAGAGUAUAAUUGUAAGUGAGCACAUUCGUCAAGUUCUUGCAAGUGUGUAUGAUUGACCUGGAUUUUAUGCAUAGAAUAUAUUCCCAAUAUGAGGUGGAAGAGGUAUACAGAUAUUGUAUGCGGCUUAAUAGUAUACCUGUAUGUGUGUGUAUAGUAUACGUGAGUGCGAGUUAGUAUGAGUAAACUUGUGAACAGGAAAACAUUGACGCUAUAUAAUUUAUACUUUGAUGUGAUGUUCUGUGAAAUUAAACCAAACAGAGAGAGAGAGAGAGAAACCUUUUACACUGUAAAGCUGCAACAAGUAUUUUGUCUUGGGGGGAGAAUUAAGACAGUUUCUGCAAUAAAGAGGACAGACUGACCACA